GAAGAGGAUAAGAGAUGGGGGAAAGGGAAACAUGGGUAAAAACCGAAGUCACUAUGAUGAAAGGAAUGUUCUCAACUUUCAUUUUAUCCUUGGUAUUUAUGAUGGUAUGGAGUGUCCGUGCCGAUACGACCAAUAGACCAUCUUAUAUUGACCAGUACUGCAGUGUAAAUCAUCUUGACUGUUUUAGCAAAUGUUUUAAUAAUACCGUUAGUGCAGAGAAUCUGAAUAUAUUUUACAAUUGCCUUCGGGAUCAAACCUCUACAGCUGGAUCAGAAGGUAUAAAACGGUUUCUCUGUCGAACUGUCACAGAUGAGCAGUUAAAAGAAUUUUAUAAAUGUAUACACUACGACAAUCUUCAAUCAGUUUUCUCUCGACAAUUUGAUUGUUGCAUUCAAAGUUGUUUCCCACUUCUCGUUGUUUACCCNAACAAUAGCAAACAAUUUUCUAGAUAUACGUGUAUGUGUGUGUGGGAGGGGUGA